UGGACGGAGGAGGCGCACAGGGCGGAAGAUGAUACCCUCCAACAGCAGACGAGACGGCGCAAAACACGGGAGCCGCAGAGAUAACGCGUCAGGAAGAGACAACGAUCAGGCGGCUGGCGGGUGAAAGGUUGAGAGGGAAGGAGGAUCCCCAUACAUGCACAGUUCUCCACACACCACCGUCAGCAUCCGUUAUCGGUGGGCCAAGUGAACGUUCCCCCUGACAGACUUCGUGGCCAGUGCUCGGCGGCCGGUGGAGAGGUUGUCAGGUCAGGCACACGGGAAACCUGCCUGAUAUCAACCCAGCUUUACAAUUACAAAGGUUGGUAGUGUAACGUGAAGUAACGCGUGUGUGUCUUCAGUGAGUCGCGGCAACGUGGUGAGGCGAGAUGGGGGACGGGAGGGUCGUGGCGGAGGGGCAAGGCGUCGAGGGUGAGGGAGCCACCUACCGGGCCUACAGACGACGCUUCGCUAUGGCGGUGACGGUGAUGCUGCUCAACGUGUGCAACGCCGGGCUGUGCUUCAACCUGGCGUCGGUGGCGUACAAGGCGGCGGACUACUUCGAGGCCACGCUGCCACAGAUCAACUGGUUCUCGGAAGUCUACCUCGUCGUCCCUUUCAUGUUCUUCUUAGUCUCCACCUUCACGUUCAACAAGUUCGGCGUGAAGGCAGGCAUCCACCUCGGGUCGGCUCUGAACUGUGUGGGAGCUUUGACGCGCGCCCUGGCCACCUCGGGACUCAUCAACAAAGCCUCCACGCAGUACGCCGUCAGUCUGACCGGGCAGGUCGCCGCGGCCAUCGGUUCGACCUACCUCGCCUUCAUCUCCACCAAGGUCGCGCAGAACUGGUUCCCGGACGAGGAGCGGAUGAUGGCCACCACCGCCGUGACUUUCUCCCCCGCCCUCGGUAUCUCGGUGGCGCAGGUGGUGUCGCCGCUGCUGGUGCCGGAGACGCAGCAACUCCCGACCCUCAACUAUGCGUACGCUGGCCUGGCCGUCCUCUGCGAACUCGUUGCCGUCGUUUGCGUCACCAGAUCGAGGCCGCCGACACCGCCGAGCCGCAGCGCCGAGCAGGGCGAGGCAAAACGCGCGCCAUUCCUGCAGCAGCUGAAGGAUACCCUGACCUGCCUCCCCUUCCUCGGCAUGCUCCUCAUGACCGCCAUCAUCGUGGCUACCUUCCUCUCCUUCAGCACGCUCACCCAACAGAUACUCUGCUCCAUGGGAUACAGUGACCUGUUCAGCGGCGCCACGGUCACCACCUUCGUCAUCGCCGGCCUCGUGGGCUCGCUGACCAUCGCCGUGGUGGCCAUCCGCACCAAGGCCCUCACGCCGAUCGUCAAGUUUUCCUACGCGUUUGGUGUUGUCUGCGCCGUGGUGAUGAUGGAGAUGUACCUCGUGCCGGAUCAAAGCGUUCUCCUGCUGAUCGCCGCCUCGCUGUUCGGGUUCUUCUGCAACGGUGUGUUCGCCCUCAGCCUGGAGAUGGGCGUUGAGACCACCUACCCCGUGGAGGAGACCAUCAGCGCCACGCUCAUGUAUGUGACGGGUCAGGUCCUCGGAGUGCUCAUGACCAACGCCGUCGUGUACUUCUCCAGUGACCUGCCGCGGAGCCUCGAGGGCGUGGAGGUGUGCACGGCCGGCCUGACCUCUAACCUGGAGGCUCGGGACUACUCAGCACCCAUCACGGGGGUCAUGGUGGUCCUCUCCGUCAUCGUCAUCCUCUUCGUCCCUCUCUUCCACACACCUUACAAGCGGCAACAGGCUGGGUGACGCAACGCUGCCACCACCACCACCACCGCUACAACUUGCCUUCUGCGUGUGUGUGUGUGUGUGUGUGUGUUGGGUAGACGAGAUUAAACUAAUAUAUAACAUCAAGUAAUGAACCAAUGUAAAAAUAAGCAGACUGACAAGUAAAAUUAAUAUAGAUAAGUUACAUAAAUUACGAUAAUCAAAAUAGAUAUACGUAAAUAGUACUUUUAAGAGGCACUAAUAAUAGAUGAAUCACUAGAUGAAUAAGCCAGUAACCAAUAAGACACAUGAUAAAAAUAAACUGUGAUAUAUAA